UUAUUUUAUCAGCGCUUGAUUGUGUCGCGACCCGUAUAAUCCGACCAUUAGUGGGUCGACAUUGAAGACAGAUUCAGAUCUGCAUCUGCUGAUUACCCACAUCCCCCAGAAAGAAGUGACGUCACAGGGAAAACAAGUGCUAACUGCGCAGCGCAACAAAAACAAAAAAGUCUCUCGGACCUACGACACAGGCACGGAAACGGGCACGGGCACGGGUGGAGAGAGUGUUCUUAUACGCCCAACAGCGCAGUUUCACUUUUAAUUUGGAGCAGGUACAAAGUGCAGCAGCUGCAACAGCGGCGAUGACUGGCGACCAGAAGCUGCCACUGAAGCAGGCCGAGGUGUCGGUGCAGCGAUUCCAAGAUACGGCCGUGCCCCACCAUCUGGGCCUGCUGAAGAACCACCGCAGCAACAUCGAGAAGAGCCUGGCCCUAGGCGACUGGCAGAAGAUCAAGCGGGAGGAGCUCAACGCCAUGCGCGUCAUCAAGCAAAUCAAGAAUCUCUUGCUCGAAAUGGACGCGCUGCGGGAGAAGGUGCGCGAGGAGGACCUGGAGCGCUUCGACGAACUGAUGCGUCCGGGCAAGGAGAAGGCCUUCGCAGGCAUGAAAUACUUUGCGGAACUGCAGCUCAAAUCUCCCACUUCAACGCUGGGCUCGCAGUACGAUGAGGAGCAGGAAGACAAUCAGCUGCAGCACGCGGACAUUGGUAAUUUGCAAGCCCACCAACACAUGCCCCAGCUGCAGGUAAACUUCCAGCUGGAGGAGCAUCAACUGGCCCAGCGGCAGGCCUGUCUCGACCAAAUGGAGAAUCUUCAGCAGGAAAUCUCGGACUUGCAUGGCAUGUUCAACGGCAUGCGACAGCUGACUGCCGAGCAGUCUGUGGUUGUUCAGAACAUAGCCGACAACGCCGAGGAGGCUCUGGAGAACGUGCAGGCAGGCGAACGGUCGCUGCGCUCUGCCCUGACCUACAAGAAGGCCAUGUACCCGGUGAUGGGUGCUCUGCUGGGCACCUGUGUGGGCGGACCCAUCGGCAUGGUGGCUGGUCUGAAGGCUGGCGGACUGGCCGCGGUUGGAUGUGGCAUACUCGGCUUCACAGGCGGCUCUGUGCUGAAGGCCAAUCCGAAUGUAAUGCACGGGAACAUUGAGGAGCAGCAGGCCGAGACCGAUGGCGACACAACGUCCGAGAGACUGGAACUGAAGGAGAAGCCUGAAUGACCUAGGACCAUGUCCUCGGCCCUGGCCACCACGCACAUGUGGUCUGCAAACACGCGGCGCCUGGAGUCAGCCACCACCGGGGUCAUGAGCAGUGUCCGCAGCUAUUGUUCUCUGCAGUGACUGCGAGAGAUAGAUUUCCUCCUGCUAUUAGUUGAAUUUCCAUGUUUUGUAUUCGUUUUGUGAUUGCUUGUGCAAUAUGCAGCUACAUCCCUUCCCUCCUUGUCUAGUUUAAGCGUUGUUGUUCAUCCCAUGACCCAUAUGAUAGUUACUUGUUUCGUGCCGUCGCCGCAAGGUUUAAGAUUCCACGUCUAGUUUUAAGGCUUUAAUAUGCAAUAUAAACUCUUAUCUAUAA